GAGCUCACAAACCUGGCUAGUCUCAGUAAGCUGGAUGUUUCAAACAACAAUCUUUAUGGUAAAGUACCAACAUUCAAGCAAAAUCUGGAUGUCAUAACUGCUGGGAACCCGAACAUAGGAAAAGAUGCUCCUUCACCUGCUGCUUCUCCUGGCACACCUGAUAGUAGUGGUGGUGGUAGUCCUGCUAGCAGCCAAAAGAAAUCACAAACAGCGAAGGUUUCGGGUUCUGUGGUAGGUGCUAUUUGUGGAUUGGGUGCUGUUGGAAUGGGCAUCUUUUUGUAUGCUAGAAAACAAAAGCAUUCAAGUACGGUGCAAAGCCCCAAUACGGCAGUGAUACAUCACUUUCAUUCUGGUGAUCAAGAAGUGGUUAAGGUCAUAUCGACUCAAGUUUUGAGGACCGCCACCAAUAACUUUAGCGAGGAAAAUAUUUUGGGAAGAGGUGGUUUUGGUACAGUCUAUAGAGGAGAAUUGCGUAGUGGGACAAAGAUUGCCGUGAAAAGAAUGAAGUCAAGUAUUAUGAAUGAGAAGGCUUUGGCAGAGUUUAAGUCUGAGAUUGCAGUUCUUACGAAGGUUCGUCACCGCAAUUUAACUGCACUUCUUGGAUAUUGUCUGGACGGAAAUGAGAGGCUUCUUGUGUAUGAGUACAUGCCCCAAGGCACCCUCAGUAGGCAUCUAUUCAACUGGAAGGAGGAAGGUUUGAAACCACUUGAGUGGACUAGAAGACUUAUAAUUGCCUUGGAUGUGGCUAGAGGGCUUGAAUACCUUCACGGUCUUGCACGUCAGAGCUUCAUUUAUCGGGAUCUUAAGCCAUCCAAUAUUCUUCUUGGAGAUGAUAUGCAUGCCAAAAUAGCAGAUUUUGGCUUGGUUCGUCUGGUUCCAGAUGGAAAAUAUUCAGUUCAUACAAGGAUAGCGGGUACUUUUGGGUAUUUAGCUCCAGAAUAUGGAGGUAUCGUCUAACUUUUAGAUUUUCUAUUCUUUUCAUGCUUCACCCCAAUCCCCAUCAAGAAUUCCUCUGCCUAUCCACUUUGCUUAAAUGCCUUUCUUUC